AUGCGUGAGGAGUUCGACGCCCUGCAGCGCAACCGUACGUGGCAGCUUGUCCCGCGGCCUCCCCGUGCCAACGUCAUCACUGGCAAGUGGGUCUUCUGCCACAAGACUCGCCCCGACGGUUCCCUUGAGCGCUACAAGGCACGAUGGGUCGUGCGCGGCUUUCGCCAGCGCGCCGGCGUGGACUUCACCGACACCUUCACCACGGGCACCGCCACCGCGUACCUCCUCCUCUACGUCCACGACAUCAUCCUGACUGCGUCCUCGCCAGCGCUGCUUCAGCAGAUCACAGCUCGCCUCGGCUUCGAGUUCGCCCUCAAGGACUUGGGGGCUCUCCAGUACUUCCUCGGCAUCGAGGUUGUUCGCCGGGCCACUGGCUUCUUCCUGCAUCAGCAGAAGUAUGCCUACGAGCUUGUGGAGAGAGCCGGCAUGCUUAACUGCAAACCUGCUCCUACGCCUGUCGACACGAAGGCUAAGAUGUCCGCCGUCGAGGGUUCUCCGGUGUCUGAUGCUCCCUUCUACCGCUCCAUCGUCGGUGCUCUUCAAUACCUCACUCUGACACGUCCGGACAUUCAGUACACUGUCCAACAGGUGUGCCUUCACAUGCAUGCUCCUCGCGACACUCAUUGGGCUCUGGUGAAACGUAUUCUCCGAUACAUACGUGGCACCACAGCUAUGGGUCUCACCCUGACGGCAUCACCCGACACCAACCUGGUCGCCUACUCCGACACCGACUGGGCUGGGUGUCCCGACACUCGCUGCUCUACUUCCGGCUACUGCGUCUACCUCGGGCCCUCUCUGAUUUCGUGGUCGUCUAAAUGA